AUCCAGUCCUGCAUAGUAACUUCUUAGUUUCCUACUAAUCCGCCCUGCAUGCCAUCUGUCCUUACUCCAUUCUGCUUUUCCUCCUAGAAUUCUUCUCCCGUUGUAAUGUAUAUGGCGCACAUGUGAACUGAAGACGGCAUGCUCGGAGAUUUUCCCCAACUUUUCGAAGCUGUCCAGGCUAACUCGUAUGAACACGUCUCUGAAAAGAAUGAAAGCAGCAGGUGUCUGUAUAUGUUUGGAGACAAGUCGAAGGGUUCGGAUGUCAUCUCGGGAAAGAGCCUCGCAUAUGUAAUGCCAGAUCUCAGAUGGUAGGCUAUUUGGCGAUGGCGCAGGCAUAUCGUAAGUGAUAUCGCAGGUGGUUUCAAGCAUUCAAUCGAGCGCAAUGAUGUGUUGUAUCGAUUCUUUUCAGCUGGCUUUGUAUGCAUUGUUUU